AGAGACCCAUCUCAACAUAAGAGGAUGUCGGUUUGAAAUGGAAGGCAGAGUGCAUAAAAAAGGAUUCCUUUCUAACUUUGCUUAAUUGUAAGUAGUUGGGAUCAGGUACCCAUAAAUCACUCAUAAAUUCUAAGCUAACCCCCUAAAAGUCUAGAGUUUCUCUCUCAACACUAAUAGUGAGAACUGAAAAGAUAAUACCCACACACUUUGGUAUCUUCUCACAACUGUACUCCAGUCAGACCACACAUUAGUAGCCCCAACAUUGAUUGAGCCAUAUUUUCUCACCACAAAUUCACAAAACUUCUGGUUUUUUUUCCCUUGCUAACCAGGUUUCUUUCUGAUAGAUAGGAUAGGAGUAUCACAAACCCCAAAAGCAAAAAAGCCCAGUCUCUUCUUUCUUCUGAAAGCAGAGAUUGAGGGGAACUAAAAACAGAGUGCAACCUUCGGUAGAGAAAAUCCAUCAUCUAGAGAAACUGAAGCUGCAUCCGAAGAGAAGCUUUGCCCUCUACUUGACUAAAAUGAAUUCCCUUCUUUCAAUCUCCUUUGUCGUUCGAUUUGCAACUGAAAAAACCAUGAAAAUGCAAACCUUUUUGUUUGGUUGUUAAAUUUCAGUUCCUUUAUUGUGUGGCACACCACCUGUUCGAGUAAAUAUCCCACUGAACUUCUCGAGUGUGUCAGUGUUCAUUCUUGAAGUUUUGAGUUCAUUAUACUGCUAUGACGAUUAGUAAUCUACAUCAUCGUCCACACCGUCUACUUCUCGGCACAGAUUCUGAUGCAUCUCCAUCGGAGACAAGCGGAGGGCGGACACGGUCCUCCUCAAACGAAGCGAACUUCGAUACAAACAUGGUGAUAAUCUUAGCAGCCUUGCUUUGCGCACUCAUAUGUGCACUGGGACUCAACUCCAUAGUUCGUUGCGCCUUGCGUUGUAGCCGGAGGUUUGCGUUUGAGACGCCUGAUGAGACCGCGGCACGCCUUGCCGCGACAGGCCUCAAGAAGAGCGCAAUUCGACAAAUCCCAGUUGUCAUAUACGGUGCUACGCAGAUCAAUAUUGUGACUACUGAUUGUACAAUCUGCCUUGGAGAGUUUGUGGGUGGUGAGAAAGUUAGGGUCUUGCCAAUGUGUAAUCAUGGGUUUCAUGUAAAAUGCAUUGACACUUGGUUGGUCUCCCACUCCAACUGUCCUACCUGCCGGCGGUCUUUGCUGGACCAAGCAUUGAUGACUUCUGACGCAGCAUCAACAGCAGGAGGUCAUGGAGAUGCGCCUAUGACUGCGGAUGAGAAGACGGGUUCGUGGGCCUAGGCCCGCUAUUUCAAAAGACGUGACUCAAACUGAAAUCUGUUGGGCCUGGGCUUGAGGCGCCACAUUCAGCCAACAUAACGAAGGAGAUUCCGGUUUUGGUCCCUUCCCA